GUGACUGGUCACAUGACAGUGUGUCCAAAACAUCGUGGCUGUUGGUGAAGUAGGUUGCAGGUAACGCUGACAUUUGGAUCUACUCUGACUGAUAGAAAUUGCAAGCUCAGCUGUCCUGGUCUCAAAUCCUGAACACCAAAAUGGACGACUGAGUGGCGCGACGGCUUCGUUGGUCUGGUUCUGGUAGCACUUCCUGGCUGUGAGCAAAAGUUCCAAUGGCAUCUGCACCGGCUCUGUUGGCUCUGGUUUGCCUCGCAGCAGCUGUAGUCUGCUCUCCAGUGGGCACUAACUGCGUUGCGAAGAACUUUGGCUACGAUUCAGUGGUGUGCGAGUGUAAUUCCACCUACUGUGACAGUGUUGGGUCAGUCACGCUCCCCCAACUGGGUCAGUACUCCUCCUACCUGAGCAGCAAAGCAGGGAGUCGACUACAUCCAAGUCAUGGUCACUUCCAAGUGAACAGCACUGGUGCAGGCCUCAGGUUGACCAUCCUCACCUAUCAGAAGUAUCAGAGGAUCCGGGGAUUUGGUGGUGCCAUGACAGAUGCAGCAGCCAUCAACGUCCUCUCGCUGUCUCCUGGAACACAGGACCAGCUGCUGAGACAGUAUUUCUCCAGCGAAGGUAUCGGCUACACCGUGGUGCGCCUGCCUGUGGCCAGCUGCGACUUCUCCACCCGGCUCUACACCUACGCUGACACGGAGGGUGACUUCAACCUGGACAACUUCACGUUAGCCCCAGAGGAUGUCAACAUGAAGAUCCCUCUGCUGCAGCGAGCCCAGGCCCUGUCGCCCCAGCCUCUGUCUCUGCUGGCCAGCGCCUGGAGCGCCCCCUCAUGGCUGAAAACUAACGGUGCACUCAUAGGAAAGGGCUCUCUGAAGGGCGAGCCUGGAGGGAAGGAGUAUAAAACAUGGGCUAAUUAUUACAUCAGGUGUCAUGUUGCUUUUCAAACAGUGGGUUGCGUGGAAGUCAACUGUCUCCUGACAGCUGUGUCCUCCUCCGCUGUCAGGUUCCUGCAGGAAUAUGCUAAACAUAACUUGACCUUUUGGGCACUCACCACUGGGAAUGAGCCCUCCGCGGGGCACAUCACGAAUUACAGUUUCCAGGCUCUUGGCUUCACGGCGGAGCAGCAGAGGGACUGGGUGGCCCUGGAUCUGGGUCCCGCGCUGCACGCCUCGUCCUUCCCGCACACGCACGUCCUCAUUCUGGACGACAACCGGCUGCUGCUGCCGUACUGGGCCAAAGUGGUUCUCAGCGAUAUCCAAGCCGGGCGCUACAUUCACGGCGUGGCGGUCCACUGGUACAUGGACAGCUUUGUUCCAGCCGAGUCCAGCCUGGGAGCCGUCCACCACUUGUACCCGGAGUACUACCUCUUCGGCACCGAGGCCUGCAGCGGCUGGAGCGCUCUGGAUCGAGGUGUGAAGCUGGGUGACUGGGGCCGGGCCGAGGCGUACGCACAUGACAUCCUGGAGGACUUAAAUCACCAUGUUGUGGGCUGGACCGACUGGAACUUGGCGCUGGACCAGACUGGAGGGCCGAGCUGGGUGAAAAAUUUUGUAGACAGCCCCGUCAUAGUCGACGCAAAGCGCGACGUGUUCUACAAGCAGCCGAGCUUCUAUGCAAUGGCCCACUUCAGUAAGUUCCUGUUGGAGGGCUCUCAGAGAACUGGUGUGUCGGCUAGUGAAAAGACUCAACUGGAAUUCUCUGCGUUCAUCAGACCAGACAGCUCAGUCGUGCUCAUCGUCCUCAACAGGUCGUCCACAGAGGUGCAGUUUGAGGUGUGGUAUCCAGGUGUCGGGUACAUCCCCGCUACUGCUCCUGCACAUUCCAUCCUCACACUCGCCUGGAACACAGGCUGAUCAGAUUUCACCUGAAUAUUGCUUCAGUAAAACUCAGGGUACCUUUACUAAAAUGCAGAUCACAUCCCUCAAAUGUUUUUAGCUUGAUCCAUAAAUCCGUUCUUCAUCUGUAACCUUCGAAGUGGGACUUCAUCAAAGGCUUUAUUCUCAAAUGUAUUAAUAGAUCUGUGAAUACUUCAUCAUAUCAUAUCAAAAGAUCUACAGAGUUGGUACGAUUAAAAAAUACCGUCUGUUGUGCAGAUGCAUAAUUCUAGUGGAGAAUCACGAAUGUUGAAUGCACUGAAGAAACCUGCAAUGUGAAAAUGUUGUGCCUCGAAUGUGUGUAUCUUCUAACGGAAAACAAUAUUACAAUGCAGGAUUUCAUGUUCACGUUUGUCAUGCUUUUUUUCCGGCUGCUGAUCUUGAACAUCAGAUGUGACCCCUGCAGAAGUAGAUCUUCAGUGACAUAAUUCAUUCCAAAUUCCAGGUUUUCGGUUAGUAUCUUAUCUGGAGAUUGAUUUAUGAAUUUCAUAUUAGCAUAACUAUUUGACACAGUCCUCACCGCUAACUGCAAAUGAGUUAUGACUUCUAAUUGAGGUGUUCUGCUUGAAGAUGUUUUCAAUAAUUUUACCUGAAGAAACUUGAAAUUGAUAAUCUAACAUUUGUGAAUGACAAAGUUCAUUUGCAUUUCGAUUAACUACACGCAAGCUUUUUUUUUGUCAAUUUAUUAUGACAUCUUAAACAUGUUCUUUUCAUAUAUAAUAUACAGUUUGAUAACCAGGUUUUUCACAUUUGUGUUUCCAUUCCAAUGUAUUUUUUUCCUUGUCAACCAUAAGUUGUUGGACUAGAAGUAUUUACAUUAUUAAAAAAGCAAUAAAAAUGUCAAACAAAAGACAGUUGGAGGAAUAAAAUGUCACAAAGAUGUCA